UAUGAAAUUUGGAACCGAAACGGCGUUUACAGUGUUGGUCGAGAUCUUGAACUGCAAGCAUGUGCCAUCGUCAUUGCUUGGCUCUGUUUGCCGUGAUUUACUGCUUCGAGUGGAUUGCGUGUGCUACAAUUCCAGCAUUGGGUAGCGAUGAACCAGAACCGGGUCUCGACUAUCAGAAAUUGCUCGCCAAGCUGGAGAUAUUGGAUACAAAAAUCUCCCGAGUGGAAGUGGCAUCACGAGAGCAGUUCUCUUCGUUGGAAUCGAAGUUAGAUAGGAUCUUGAAACAGGUCGAAAACAUUAGUCAGUCGAUGCACAAGGUGCAGAAGGACAUUGGGCUUGUCAGAGAGGAAAUUCAGCUGUUCAAAAAUGACUCACACGAGCAAUUGGAUGCGCUAGCUGGUAGUGUUACAAUUAUUGAAUCGUUGCUAGUUGAAGGUCACCGCCAGAAACAAGCACAUCCUGUGAAAGGUGAAUCAAUCACAGCACGAGUAGUUCCAGUUGAGCAAAAAAUAUACGAUAGUUGUGAUGGAGCACCGAGAAAUGCCUCGCAAAUUGAAAAGCUUCUUCCGGAUCCAGGGUUUGGAGAACCGUUCCCGGUGUUCUGCGACCAAGAGUACGAAGGAGGAGGCUGGAUAGUGGUACAAAAUCGGUUCAACGGAUCUGUGGAUUUCUACCGCGGAUGGAAAGAGUACAAAAACGGGUUCGGUAAUUUGAACGGAGAGUUUUGGCUUGGUCUGGAAAAAUUACAUGCGUUGACUUACUCCGCUCCCUAUGAGCUGCACGUGCUGUUGGAGGAUUUUAAAAACUCAUCCGUGGUCGCACAAUAUUCUAACUUUGCUAUAGGAAAUGAACACGAAUCAUAUGCCAUAACGAAGCUGGGAGGCUACAGCGGAACGGCAGGAGAUGGUUUGAGCUAUCACAAGGGCUCCAAAUUUUCUACCAUGGAUAUGAAUCAUGAUGUGAUGGGACAUAACGGUGGAGUCGAUUUUACCGGAGCGUGGUGGUAUCGGAAAGGACAUUACAGCAACCUCAAUGGACAAUACCUGUCGGGAUCAGUCGAUCAUACCAAAUAUCACGGCAAAGGAAUGACAUGGAAUCCGUUCAAAGGAGACGACUACUCAUUGAAACGGUCUAGAAUGAUGAUCAAGCGAAAAUUGAGCCAAUAA